UGCAGCGUCGUGUUAUUUAUUCCUCCCGCCACACGGGGGCGUUAAACUCCCGCUGCCUGCCAUCAUAAAACCCAUACGAAGUUGCUGGCCGCUAAACCUCUGUGUUGGGCUUGUUGCGAGUUUGUCAGUCGACUUUUAACAAAUGUUUAUGCUUAAAAAGAAAAGCUGUGAGUAACACAUCCACAUUUUUAUCGCGGCGUCGCUUUACUGUGAGACCAAACCUGAGACCGUUCUCCGGCUUUUAACAGUCGGUGCGAAGCUAGCAGCAUCUAGCCGGCUGUUUAUCACCUUUAAACUGUGCUCUGAAAGAUCCGCCAACUUGUUGGAGCUCUGCUGAAGCUCAAGCUACUCCUCCUGUGUGUGGGACUCAGAGAAGGAGACUCCGGUCCUCCUCUCAGGUAACAUGUCCAGACGCAGCUUACGGCUCGAUGAGGGCCUGUUGGACCGCAGCCUCCCUCACAGCAGCACCUCCUUCAGCGUGGGAGGAACCAGCUGGAGGAGCAACAGGUCGUUGAAGUCUCGUCGCUCCCAGCAGCUCUCUGUCUCCUGCUCAGAGUCGCUCCUCCUCCACACACCCCGUAAAGCGGCUGACCCGGUUCUCCUCAACAGCAGCGUGGCGUCUGACGCCUCCCUGCUGUCCUCCCUGCUGGACGAGUCCUCCGUGCAGGAGAGCACGAUGGUCGACACCUUCUGGGGUUUGGACCACGACGUCGAUCCAAAAGAAAGCACCAUAAUCGCGGAGGAGAGCACCGUCCUGGCAGACCGCACUCUGAUUGGUUCAGGCGCACGCUGUCCCAAACACCUGGUCCACACGCUCAGCAGGGUUAACUGUAAAGACUGUAACGUGGACAGAAACGAGUCCGUGUGCUACUCCUCUUCCAAAUACACCGCCACCACCUCCUCCACCACCUGCUCCUCCACAAUGACAAGGCCGGGACGCUCUGAGUCAGAAACUUCCACCAUCUACUGCAGAGACCGGAGCCGCAAGAGCAGGACAGGUGUGCUGCUGUCUGUGUGGAGGGCUGUGCUCUCUGUGCUCGCUCUGCUGUCUCAUCAGCUGCACAAACACCAGGAUGUGACAGAUGUGCUGCAGCUGUGGUGUGACUGGUGUGUGCGGGGUGCGAGGAGCGCUGCAGCCGGCUGUGUGUCUGUGCUGACACUCAUCUGGCGGCGGUGUCGGCGCUCACAGACUGAUAACAGACAUGGAGCCCGAUCCGGUCCCUGUGGAGUCAUGGACCUGAGGGAGUCCACCUCGCACCAGAAGGAGCUUCAUCCCAACGGAGCUUUGUGUGACGACUGUCAGGAGAAACAGCGCUCAGAGACGGAAACCGUCACCUCCUCUUCCUCUCCGUCCUCGUGGUCCUCAGUGGCUUCCCGUUCGUUGGUGCUGAUGUGGAGCUCUGCCGUGUUUACAGCGUCUUGUCUCUGUCAGCUGACUUGCACAGCAGCUGCAGCCGUUUGGCCUCUGACUAAGAAAAUGUUUUCAGCUUCUCAGAGCAUCGUACGCUCCGCAGGCCAGACGGCAGGUGUCGUGUACCGGUGGCUCAACAGACGAUGGCUUCACAUGACCUCCAGCUCUCCUCUGACUUGGUCUCCUCUCCGACUCCUGGUCCUCCUCCCUCUGCUGCUCCUCCUCUUCAGUCUGUGUUGGUUCGGUCCAGCCGGUCUACAGUCUGUCCUCCCAGCUGUCAACAUCACAAAGUGGAGGACAUCAAUCUCCGAUGUCCCUGCUGUGUCCUCCAUCGCCUACAGCUUCCUGUCCUCUCAGAGCCAAUCAGCAGAGGGCACCGUUGAGGUGUCGAGUGAGGUGCAGCAGUACGUGGAGGAGCCGCUUUACAGGCAGCCUCCAGCAGCGGCAGACGAGGAGGCGGCGGUGGAGGAGGCGGUGGAGGAGUCAGAGGAGGAGGCGGUGCGGCUCGUUCGUCUGGAGCAGAGUCUGACGGCGCUGUGGGAACGUGUGGAGGCUGGAGGGCGGCGGGCGGAGGAGAGACACAUGGAGGUGCUGCGGCUGUACACUGACCUCCAGCAGCAGCAGCAGCAGCUGGUGUUGGAUCAGAGCGGCGGCGAGGCCGCGGCGCCGUGGCUGAGCAGAGCGCUGGAGCAGCAGCUGCAGCAGAUCAAGACACAACUGGACGAGGAGAGACGACACAGAGAGCAGUCUCAACAGCAGGGUUUGUUGGAGCAGCAGAGUCAAACGUCUCGUCUGGAUCAGCUGGAGCUGCAGCUGCAGACGCUGGCUGCCAGGACAGAGGAGCUGCAGUGGAGACGAGAAGCUGCUGACACGUCAGUCUCACCUUUACCAACAUCGCUUCCAGCUGCUGUCAGUGGCGGCGUGGACCGUCAGUCCCAUGAUGCCCUGCUGGCGGAGGUCGCCCGGCUGGAGACGGCUCUGGAGGACGUGAGGCGGGACGUCCAGGGUCUGUCAGGGUGUCGGGGCAGCUGCCAACAGCUCGACACAAUCCAGCACACGAUUGCGGCGCAGGUCUCCGCUCAGGUCUCCGCUCAGGUCCGUGAGGAGGUCCGGGCUCUGCUCUACGGCAACCAGCUGAUGGCGGCGGGGGGCGGGGCCUCCGGCGAAGAAGCUGCCGGGCUCCCGGAGUCGCUCCUCCAGUGGCUGUCACAGCAGUACGUCAGCGGGGACGACCUGCAGGCGUCGCUUGCCGCUCUGGAGCUGAGCAUCCUGCAGAACGUCAGCCUACAGCUGGAGCAGCAUCGCGGCGAGGAGGCGGUCAGAGAGGCCGUCCUGCACGCCGCCGGAGCUGCUGGAGCCGCCGUGACCGAGGAGGACGUCCACUUGAUCGUGAAUAAUGCUCUGCGCCUGUUUUCUGAGGACCGCACCGGGCUGGCAGACUACGCUCUGGAGUCUGGAGGGGGCAGCGUCCUCAGCACUCGCUGCUCAGAGACGUACGAGACAAAGGCCGCUCUGCUCAGUCUGUUCGGACUUCCUCUCUGGUAUUUCUCUCAGUCUCCUCGAGUCGUGAUCCAGCCGGACGUCCAUCCAGGGAACUGCUGGGCCUUCCGAGGCUCCAGAGGCUUCCUGGUGAUCCGUCUAUCCAUGAGGGUCCUGCCCACGGCCUUCUCCCUGGAGCACAUCCCCAAAACACUGGCGCCCAGCGGGGCUCUGCACAGCGCGCCGCGAGACUUCAGCGUCUACGGUCUGGAUGAUGAGAGUCAGGAGAGUGGGACGCUGCUCGGCACCUACACCUAUGACCAGGAUGGAGAGUCUCUGCAGACUUACACCGUCACUGAGGAGAACAACCAAGCCUUCCAGAUCAUCGAGGUUCAGGUUUUGUCCAACUGGGGCCACCAGGAGUACACCUGCAUAUACCGCUUCAGAGUGCACGGGACACCCGGGGACGCCUGAGGAUGCCGUAAAAACGUCUGCUCCAUUUUAUCUUAAAACACAAACUGCUGGAAGGUGACUCGCUGCCGUCUCCACACUAACUGCUGCUAACCGUGCCUGAGUCCCUUCCUUCCUUCUCUUCAGACCAAACGUGAUCUGAGUGUCGUCGGUUUCCUGUGGAAAAGAGACGCGUGGUGUAAAAUUCUUCUGUUAAUACCCUAGUUAAUAUUUUUAUAUAAGUGUUUUGUAUUUGCUGUGUUAAAGGUCUGUCAUGUUUUUAUUCUUUUAGCGGUUACGUUUUUCGGUGCAGUAACACAGAUUUCAGGUUUAUCCUGCUACAUUACUCACAUGUCCGUAUGUAUAUAAACCAGUUUUGGGUUCUAAUUGUUCCUUCGGUUGUCAUCGCUGCUGAAGUUACUUUUCUGAAAGUGAUGGGGGACUAAACACAGUCCUCUUUGUGUAGAAGGUAGUUUGGAAGAUUUCCAACUCAGUUUUGAUCUUUUGAGAAUAAAAUGUCCUCUAGGACACAGGAAUAAUAACACACAUAACAUUUUUUACACUAGGAAGACUUUAACACUGAACUUUUGAACCCAUCACUUGGCAUCAUGUAAGUUUUGUUUCCAGAUUAACUUGAAAAAUUGUGAACCAAGCCUUUUCAAACAUGUUGAAAUGCGAUGUGACAUUUCAACUUUCAGUUUACCUCUUCUUUUCUUUUUAAUUCCAAAAAGUCUAAAUUGAAAAUGUCUGCUUCAAAACAAUACAUUUCAAAAAGGGGAGUCAAAGAAAAAGACAUUUUUGCACUAACUGAACUUAACACUCAAAAUUUCUUCAGGCUUAUUUUUAUUCAGGAUUAUUGUGAUCUGUAUUGAGACCGCUUCUUUUUACAUGAUAUAAAUAUUUGUGCUUUUUGUAUGUGCUUUCAAACCAGAUAUUUAAUAAAGACAUGAAAUUUUAA